AUGUCGCGUCUUGAAAUGAUAUAUUUAAUGCAAGUAUCGCUGUAUCUCCCAACACUGUACGAUGUAUUUACCUUUAUUCAAGUGAACCACUGCGCCAAAUCCGCGGUGAGUUUUCUUAAAGUGAACCCGUGGUUUACCUUAACACAAGACAUUGAAAGGUUUUACGAUUUAUACCACCCCGACACGUUGAACUGCAACUUUUUACCAAUAUCAUUCGAUUAUCUUUCAAAACCAAUUUAUAUCAGAAAUUGCGUUAUAGAAAACACUCCUGAAAUUAUUGAAAAUUUUACACCAGAUAUUUGUGAAAAAAUGACCAGUUUAGAUAUUAUAGAUACAUUUGUGAAUGAAAACAACAACCCACAAAAACUAUUUCAAAUGAUUAUAGAAACUUUUCGCCAAAAGAUAACUAUGUCAAUAGACUAUUUCAUAAAUUUUAUCGAUUUCUUUGAACAGUUUUUCCCAAAAACAUUUUUGUUUAUUAUAACAAAUAAUAAAACUUUCAAAACAACAAAUGAAGCCAUUAAUAUACUAUUAAAUAUAAUUAACGAACUUCCUUUGAAAUAUUCAACACAAAUUGAUAUUGAUUGGACUUAUACCAUAUUAUCAAUGGAAAAUAUUACUUUGACACAAAAUUGUCGAAAUUAUUCAAACAAUGUUAGUAUAGAAUAUGCAGAUUACUUUACACCAUUCAUCAGUAACAAUUCUUUGACAUUUCAAACAAAAAAUUUGACUCAAAUUUCUGAUUUACAUAAAGUUGAAAAAAUCAUCGAAAAAAGUGCAGCUACAAAAGUUACUUUUGUGGGUGACGUUUGUGAUUUGAGUCUUUUGCAAAUACCAAAAUUCGUCAAAUCAAUUUCACUAAAUAAAGAAUUUGUACCAAAUUUCUUCAAACCAAUUUCACCAUAUAAUGUAAAUAUACCAAUAUUAAUUGGAGGCGAACAGAAAAAAACAAACUUUGUGAUUCUUCCUGAUGUUUUGAACAUUGAAGAGUUUGAUUCAAGAUUUGUUGAUUUCCAAUUUUCGGAAGAAUUUAACACUGUUAAAAAAAUUGAGAUAACGAACGCCAAAAUAGUUAAAAAGAAACGAAUAGAACUACUUGAUAAAUGUAAUAAAAAACGUAUUUGGGAGAACAAGCAACAAUUUCCAUUUGCCAGUGUCGAAGAGUUGAAAUUGAUCGAUUUUAGUGAUGUUUGCUAUGAACAAUUUAAAACGUUACAAAAACUUUCACUUUUUUAUGUAAGAAAUGUUGAGUUGUGUAUUAAUAAAGAAUGUGCAAAAAAUAUUACAUGUACAAACUGUUCUAACUGCAUUUUAAACAUCGACUGCGAAAGUUGUGAAACUUUUGAAUUUGACAUGUGUCCAGAUUUUACAUUCAAUUUCUUAAAUACAAAAAAUAAAAAUUUAAGUGUCAAAAUAACAAAUUCUUUAAAUUCAAAAAUCUCAUCAGAGACAGACUUCAUGAAAUUUUUGUCUGUCUACGAUUCUUCGAAUUUUAAAAUAGCGAAAAACACUAAAAUUAAGAAGUUGGCGAUUUCAAAUUCGACACUCAAAAAGAAAGUUGGUGUCGAAGCUGAAGAAGUUGUAUUUGAAGCCUUGUCGGAAUGUGUAGAUAUCGAUUUCACCCAUACAAAGAGUGUGUUACUGUUCAACAUCGAGAACUUCAUUUUUUCAAACACAUUUGAUAAAUGUGAAAUUAUCGAAAUCGAGUAUAGCUGUGACUGCGAUUUCAUUUUUGGUGAUUCAAAAAUACAAAAGCUGGCAAUUAUUUCAUCAAAAGCAAUUGAUUUUAAAGGAAAUUUUAACUCCCUUCAAAAAGUUGAAUAUUUUGAUUCAACAUUCACAUUUCCAUCAAAUUUCAAUUUACCAAAACACACAAUUUGUCUUUCAAAGUCAAAUGAAAGUGAGACUUGUGAAUUUAGCACUUUAGAAAAAUAUGAGGAACUGAAGCAAAAGUGUUUGACAAAAGAAUACACACCCUUUUUAAGAACAUAUUCAUUUGGAUACCCAAAAACAAUAGUUACAUCAUAUCAAAACAAUUUGUUCCAAACAGUGUUUGAAAGUUUUAAAAAUGCUUUUUAUUCUUCAAUAUGCCCCGAACGACAAAACAUUUUUAAUGAAGUUGUUGAUGCACAUCAUAUAAAUUUUUAUGUUAAUCCAACACUUCCUCCAAAUGUUACAACUGAAAGUGCUACAAUUAACAGUCACAAUUUUAUAAUCAAAAAUUGUGUGUGCACAGCACUCAGUAUUGAACAACACGUCAAUUUCAUUCCAAAUUUGAAAAUUGAAAAUUUCAUUGGGGAGUUCCCGAAUUUCUCUACAAGUGCGUUUGGAAGAGUAGAAAUGAAAAAAUGCAAUUUUGUUGCACCUUUUGAAUUUAUGAAAAAUAACUUGACGCUUAACGUGGUUGAACUAAAAAUUCACCAAUGUACCCACUUUACUAUUGGAUUAACGAGUAAAACAAAAGAAGUCGACAUUGUCGAGUCAAUAGGAUGUAUCAAUUAUACGUAUGGGCUGGGAAAUUACAACAGAAUUCACUUUGAACGGUCUCAAAUUGUAACAUUUAACAAGUCCAACUUGUAUGAAAAUGUCAACGAUUUGUGUUUUGACUCAACCGAAUUUCCUAAAAUGUUUGAGCAAAAAUGCGUGAACAAUUUGGUGAUGAAAAACAUUGUUGAUAUACAUUAUAUAAUAAUUAUAAUGUCUAAAACGGCAACUUUUGAAAACUGCAAAAAUCUUGUUAUUAUUGUUUAUAAUGAGACAGAACACGUCGUUCUGAAAAUGUGCAAAAGGUGUUUUGUAAUGACGAAAAAACCAAAAAUUAUUACACAAAAAUGUGAUGAUGUUGAAAUUUUUGAUGAUACUACUGCGCUGACACAACGAGUAAAUCAA